UGUUCAAAACCACAACUUCCCGCCCUCCGGAAAAACACAAGGACCGUAACGGCGAUGAGUACGAAAUGAUCGAGUUUUCGCUCUUGAUUCAUCCGUAAUCCACACGUAUUGUUGUGUUUGUAUCCUCCGGUUUGUUGCUGCUCUGUCCGUGUUGACUCAAGUGGCUGAUCUCCGUGGAUCUGAACCGUCUGCGGCUUCAACUUCGCUGAGUUUUUCAAAGAUGACUUCUGAUGUGCCCAGUAACAUGUCCGUGUACCAGUGGAUAGUGGAAAAUGGAGACAAGAGGACGGACCCGUGGCUGCUGGUCUACUCCCCCGUCCCAGUGUCACUCAUCUUCCUGCUUUACCUCGGUGUGGUCUGGGCUGGACCCCGGCUGAUGAAACACAGGGAACCUGUUGACCUCAGAGUUGUUCUCAUUGUUUACAACUUCGCCAUGGUCGGCCUGUCUGCUUACAUGUGCUACGAGUUCCUGGUCACGUCAUGGCUCUCAAACUACAGCUACCUGUGUCAGCCUGUAGAUUACAGCACCAGCCCACUGGCCAUGAGAAUGGCCGGAGUCUGCUGGUGGUUUUUCUUCUCAAAGGUCAUAGAGCUCAGUGACACAAUCUUCUUCAUCCUGAGGAAGAAGAGCAGCCAGGUGACCUUCCUUCACGUCUACCACCACGCCACCAUGAUCUUCAACUGGUGGGCGGGGGUCAAGUAUGUGGCCGGAGGACAGUCGUUCUUCAUCGGCUUGGUAAACACCUUCGUCCACAUUGUCAUGUACUCUUACUACGGCCUGGCUGCAGUGGGCCCUCACAUGCAGAAGUACCUGUGGUGGAAGCGAUACAUCACACGCCUGCAGCUGCUGCAGUUUGUGAUGUUCCUCCUGCACACGGGUUACAACCUGUUCACAGAGUGCGACUUCCCCGACAGCAUGAAUACACUGGUGUUUGGUUAUUGUGUCACCCUUAUCAUCCUCUUCAGUAACUUCUAUUAUCAGAGCUACCUCAACAAGAAAAAGAAAUGAGACCCAGCUUCAGAGUUUCUGUCUGCAGUACUCACCACUAAAGUCCACUAGAGGGCACCAAGUGCCUACACUGUAUGUUAAACAGACACACAACUCUAAUCUUUUCACUUCUUUAAAAAAAAAAAUUAAAAAUAAGAGCCAGUAGGUGAUCAAACAAUUUAUUAUAUCUUAAACUGAGAAAGGACAAACAUUCAAAUGACUGUUGUAAACAAACUGUACAUUUAUACAUAUAUAAUAAAGAAUGGUUGUGUUCUGCAACAUCGCAGAAUAUAAUAGUGAGCCCAAACUCUCCUCAUGGAACAAACCCAAAAGCACAAAACACAACAAGAAAAUGCAAACAUUUUUUUUUUCCACUGUCAAAACAGAACAGCACAGCAAAACGAUAUAUUCUUUUCUACACUUCAGUCUUAAAUAGAUUGAACGAUGCAGAUUAGAGAGAGGAGAGGAGGGAGAGGGCAUUUCAGUUACAGUCUAUUCAGGUGUUUUAUGUUGUCAGGAGUUUGUGUAUUAAAGCUGAAAACCUGCAUGUAUAAGACCAGGCAGGUAAGAAUGUAAGCACCAAUGUAAAUGAGUCGAAGAAUCCUCUGUACACGAUGAGUUCUUGACCAAUAAAUGGGAUUCUGACGCCAA